AUGGCUUCUAUGCCAAAGGUUUUCAUCUUUGUGAUACUGCUCAAAUAUCUCAAAUUGAAACUAGAAAAAAAGGGGUUUUCAAAUAGCCGACCAACAGGUGUGAAACCUGUUUUAUGGGUAACAGGACCCCAUGGAACGCAUGGCAGUACUCAAACUUCGCAAGGAGGAAACAACACCUCUCAGAGUACACAAGAUGGAGUUCACACCUUGCAAGGUGGUGCUCAUCAGAACCAAAGCCGAUUUCGAAGGGACACGCAAGGAGGACCUCAUGUAGAUCAAGGCGGUAGUCAUGGCUCGCAAGGUGGAUCCAACACUUGGCAAGGUGGUGAUCACCAGAGUCAAGGCCGAGUCCGAAGAGAUACACAAGGUAGACUACAUGACGGUCAAAGUGGUAGUCAUAAAUCGCAAGGUGGAAGACACACUUCACAAGACAGUGGUCAUCAGAACCAAGGCCGGAUCCGAAGGGAAACGCAAGGAGGACCUCAUGUAGAUCAAGGUGGUAAUCAUGGCCCGCAAGGUGGACCCCAUACUUGGCAUGGUGGUGAUCAUCAGAGCCAAGACCGGGUCCGCAGAAAUACACAAGGUAGACCACAUGAAAAUCACGGUGGUAGUCAUAAAUCGCAAAAUGGAAGACACACCUCGCAAGGUGGUGCUCCCCAGAACCAAGGUCGACAACGCAGAGACACACAAGGUAGACCACAUGAAGAUCAAGGUGGUAGUCAUAAAUCGCAAAAUGGAAGACACACCUCGCAAGGUGGUGCUCAUCAGAACCAAGGUCGGCAACGCAGAGACACACAAGGUAGACCACAUGAAGAUCAAGGUGGUAGUCAUAAAUCGCAAGGUGGUGCUCAUCAGAACCAAGGUCGGCAACGCAGAGACACACAAGGUAGACCACAUGAAGAUCAAGGUGGUAGUCAUAAAUCGCAAAAUGGAAGACACACCUCGCAAGGUGGUGCUCAUCAGAACCAGGGUCGGCAACGCAGAGACACACAAGGUAGACCACGUGAAGAUCAAGGUGGUAGUCAUAAAUCGCAAAAUGGAAGACACACCUCGCAAGGUGGUGCUCAUCAGAACCAAGGUCGGCAACGCAGAGACACACAAGGUAGACCACGUGAAGAUCAAGGUGGUAGUCAUAAAUUGCAGGGUGGAAGACAAACCUCGCAAGGUGGUGCUCAUCAGAACCUAGGCCAGGACCGCAGUGAUACAUAA